AUGGUUUUGGUUUCUGGUGUUAAAUUCAAGGUUGAUAUAUUUGGAGCCCAAAUAACAUAUUGUCAACGUGAUAGUAAUGAUAUUGGAAAUAUAAAAAGAGAAACGUGCGGUAUUGGAAAUCCAAUUAUUCAAGGUGGAUUCCUUCCAGCGUCAGAUGAUGGUGCACCUAUGCAAGAUAUAACCUGCGAGCCAGCUGUACCAGGUCUCACUCCUGUUAAAGGAUUCUUUGCUGGAUGUACACCUUUUGAAGGUUCAUUUUUUACUUUUCUUCUUAUUACUUGGCUAAGUACUAAAUUAGAUACAGUAAAAGUAUGGAAUCCAUCGCUUAUCGACUACAACAAUUUGGAAAGAUUAAAUUCGAAUACACUAAUAUGUCCCUGUUCUACAACUUUAAUACCUUAUCAUACAUUUAUCUCAUUAUCUCCAUCUUUACAUCAAGUAGCAGAUUGGCGUCAUCACGGUAGUUCACAAUUUCAAUUAUUGUCGAAUCUUUGUCAAUUGGCUAAUAGAACAAUCGAAAGUGCUAUUCAUCGGUUUAUCUAUCAAUCCUUUGCAGUAUCAAAUUUACUCAGUGAGGAUAAUUUCAAUGCAUAUUUCAAUCAUACAUUCACUCAACUACUCCAGUCGACAACCAGCUAUUUUAGUGUUCUUGUAGAAACAGAGCGUCUCCUUCUUCAAGUCGAUCAACCUUCUGCCGCACUUAUCAAAGAUGUAAAAUAUAUCGUGAAUCCGAAUAUACGUGUAAAUGUAACACUAAAUGUAACUACCAAUAAGUAUUCAUCGCAUCUGACAUUACAUUUGACUGAAAUUCGCAAUAUGUAUUUUAAUUCGAUCACUUGUAUUUGUGGGACUAAUCCUGAUUGUCAAACACCGAGCGUCAUUAUUCAAAAGAAAGGAACGUCAAAUGAAUAUUAUCUCGCUUACGUUGUGCCAGGCUCGAUCGCCAGCUGUUAUGCUAUUGAUUCUCUUUUACGCUCAACACUCGAAUGUUUAUACACAGAUGUUGACUGUUUUUCAAUUCUAAUGAAUUACGUAAAAGAAGCAUAUUUAACCAAUACAAAUACUUCAUUAUGGGCUGAUGUUCAUCCUCUCGUUCAUAAUUCGGCAUCGAGCCAAUAUACUCCAAACACUUCAGUUGGAAUGAUACUUAAAAAGUUGAUGAUUGAACAAUGGAAUCCAAUUUCUACAUACGAAAAUUUUUAUAAACUAUGUGCACCGAAAUAUUGUACUUAUUCUCAAAAUAUUCGUAAAGAAACUAUUUUAACCCUGACAAUAAAAAUGAUAUCUGUGAUUGCUGGUCUUACAGUUGCAUUAAAAUUAAUUACACCUCUUCUCGUCAAAAUUAUUUUUAAAUUAUUAUCUAUAAUUAUCAAAAGACAUAAAAAUCGACAAGAAGAGCAACGACGUGGUAAUGUAUAA